AUGUCGUCGUACUGCGGUGGUCGGUUCACUGUACCUCCUGGCUUCGAUUUUAAAAUUCUUCCACAGAAGUCAAAAAAUGUUGCUGUCGUUUCUUUUAUCGGUUCGUUGGACUCAUUCAAUGGAAAGUAUUCAACACAGUUAGUGGAUGAGUUCCUUCAGAAGAGUCCUUUUCUUCUUCCUUGUAUCAACAGCACUAUCAAAGGAUACUACGACUGUGAGCGUCAGCUAAUCUUCCUGCACUAUCGUGAUUCGGAAAAACUCUUAACCGAUCUCUUAAAUACAACUGAAGAUUUUGACAAAGUCAUUGAAAAAUGGGAUUCUGAAAGGCUGAAACAUUUGUACCUCCUGUUCACUGUUUCACACAUAAUUGUGGAUGAAAACACAUUAAUUGACUUUGAGAAGAAUCUCUCCUACCAAAUAUUUAAUGUAUUUUUUGAGAGCGGGCUGCUUGAAGGCAACUCGACGGAAACUAGAUUGUUUGACUUAAUGGGUUAUAAUUACGUGCGUGUCCUCCUCCCUGAUGGCAUUGAAACGCAGGGAGAGGCGUCGGAUUUUCAUGGUAUGCUAGACAAAACUGAUUUGGCCCAGACACUACUUGAGAAGCUGAUUCCAGCUAGCGGAAUUACUUCCCUCCAAACUGGAUUUGAUCUCAUUAAGGAUCGUCAGGUGCCACCUCCUACGGCUCUCUAUCCACCGCCAGGUGGACCUGAUGAUCGCAGCUUUUCAGCUUUCCUUCAAUGCCAUCUAACCGCCCUCUUUGACGAUCCUUUCCGUGGCGAUCUUACGGACAAUUACGCCCCCUACACAUUUGAACUACCUACUUGUAAAGGGUGGUUUACUACGUGUUACAAGCUAUACACGAGCCUGUUUGACGGAAGUGAGUCCAACCCGUCCCCUUCAUUGGAGGGCGGUACGGAUCCCUGCCUGGGCCGUCAGUGGAACCAACUCUUCCCUCCUGACGGGGAUGCUGAUGCUACAGCAGUCACCCUCUUCGCUACCCAAUCUCAACUCGAUCGCCGACUCUCCAGUACUCGUUCAAUCUCUAGUCAAUCUUCAUUGCAGGUAGUGUCAUCGUACAACGUUUUCCUUCGCCUGGCACGUGGGCCUUGUGUCCUUCCGACAUUGGAGCGACUGACUCGUCGUCUGGCCCGUCUCUACCUAGCCGGUCGCGUUGGCUGCCCAGCAGUACUCGUAUCGGGCGCGGCUUGUCGACAGGAGCUGCAUACACUGCCUGAACGAUUUCCAGGUAUCGCUAGAGCCCUCCGCUUGCUGGAAUCUCAGCCAAAAGAGGAUGCUCCCGAUAAUAAUGAUGGUGACGCCACCGCUAAUCGAUCUAUCGAGGAAUCGCUGGGCAUGCGCCUUGUCAAGCAACUGAACUUAGCGCUGGAUAGAGAUGCAAUGGCAUUUAAUGGGACAGGUGGAAUGAAAAGUCGGCACGUCUAUGAUAACGUUUUCUCUGAUUGCCUACAGGAUGUUCCUUUGGGUCUCAUGGGGCGGUGGCGCUAUGCAUGGAUCGAGGGUGCUGUCGAGGUAAUGGAGAAGGAGAAGAAGGACAUGCACACAACUGAUGCAAACGUGUCUGGUAAGGUUGCAAGCCUUCAUCACCUCUCCGUGAUGCCUCAUCGCUCAGACCGGCGUUAUAUCAGCUACUGCAACUGCGGUCGGCUUCAAGCUGUGCGUCCUGAUCCCUUUGACUAUCAGGAGGCCAAUUGGGAAUUUUACAAUUCCCUCCAACUGGUUUGCUGCAGCAAGGUUAACGGGAUCCCAUUGGCGCCGCUGCUGUUGAGCAGCAGUACAGCGCACAACUUUUGCUCCCACCUGGAGGAGAAAAAUGUGGAAGCACUUGAGCAUCCGACUUCGCCUUUAGAGACGACCUUUUCUGAAUUGCCUCAGCGAAACAGUCGUCGGGUCAUAUCAUCAGACGGUGAAGACGAUGCAACAACAACCGCUCACUUUACUUGUAAAUCCACUUUAACUUCGGCUGACGCAGAAGAGGAAGAUAUGUUGAAGGCUAGAGAUUCUGACAGUGACGAUUCCGUCUCCUCCAUCACCUCUCCACAAGCUUCUCCCAAUUACGCCAGUACGGAGAGUAUGUCGCAAAUUUCUUCUCACAAACUCCUCACUAAAACUCGCAGAACCAAGUUUAACUCCUCAAAUGUGUGGGAAGACUACAGUGAAGAAGAAAAGAGUGGCUUGGAAGAUGCUGCGGAUCCCAUCACCAACAGUCCCAACGGGUCUUUUGACGUGUCUAAUGUUGCCGUCAGGGCAAAGCAGCGUGUACCGGUCACCUUCUUCGCUGGUAUGCCUGUGCUGGGUCAGCCCAUUGGGAGCAUGCCUCUCUACCCCUCUUGGGCUAUCCACGCACUGGGAAAGUAUUUCAGCUACUCCCAUUCGUCUGGAAUGUCUCUUCCCGGAUUCCUACGCGGGAGUCACUUCCUUCUCCCCUGGGACGUUCAGAUUUCCCGCCCCGCGUCAGUAGUCGGCACUCCGUCAAAGACCCGAUUGGGACGUCCCCGUGAUUCGGACAGUGUUAAACUCUUCCUCGGUUUUGAAAUGGAGUGUCCAAUGGGUCAUCGUUUCUUUCUGGCGGGUCCGGAUCGUCCAAUGAUAGGAACAAUGCAGGGAGGCGACGUGCGACGGUCUGUUUCCAGCCUUCUCUCCAGCGAUCUGGCACUCUACCUGCCAUGCCGUUGUUCACCCACAGCUGGUGGCGCAAAGGCAGAGAACACGGCUGCAGCAGGUACAGAGGUGCUGGCUUCGGUUGAGGAUAUGGAUGGAAAGGAAGGGAAUAGCCGUGGAGACAAUGGCCUAUGCGAUGAUGGAACAAUUUGGGCUCAACUGAUGCGCGUAUACGUAGCCAUUCCCAGUGUCGCCAUUCGGGUUCGUUUUGCACCGAUGGUCCGACCCGGUCCCGUGGACUCCAACACUCCCAUCUUCCAUCUCGGUCCAACACUUGAUCGAGAGAUUGAUGCUGGCAAUUCCGACCUCAAGACCUCCACCUCGCAUAUUUCUCGAAUUUUGAGUGAUGGAAAGUUAAAAGCACACAUUAGUUCAGAGGGCGAUCCAGGCUACGUUUAUCUGGAAAAUGGAAAUAUCUGGGUCGCAAGAUUGCCGUUUGCAUACCAGGAAGGUGAUACAAUCUAUCGGCGGCCACAAGACCCAGAAAAAAUCAGCGAGUGUUGUCUCAUUCGAGGUAGUCUAACGGUGGAGGAACUGUAA